AUGGCUCAGACGUGUAUUCACUGGGUUCCGCAAGGACUCAGGCUGCAUGACAACCCAGCACUGAUGGCUGCUCUGAGGGACUGUAGGAAGCUCUACCCUGUGUUCAUUCCUCGCACCCCUUACCUCCAUAACAACACCAGCGUGGGUAUCAACCGCUGGAGGUUUCUUAUUGGAGCCCUCAAGGACCUGGACGGCAGCCUCAGAAAACUCAACUCCAGCUCGGGUGUUGAUGUAAGAGCCCGGAGCUCUUUAAACGUUAGCGCCAUGCUGUCCACUAACCUUAGUGUUGGCGAAUGCACUGUCAUCAAGAAGAAGACAGAAAGUGUGAGCUGUGACGCGUGUUUGAAAGGGAACUUUAGAGGAAGACGGUUCAAGUGUUUAAUCUGCUACGAUUACGACCUGUGUGCGUCGUGCUACGAGAGCGGAGCUACGACGACCAGACACACCACAGAGCACCCCAUGCAGUGUAUAUUAACCAGGGUAGACUACGAUCUGUAUUACGGAGGUGACACUUUUUCAGUAGACCAACCCCAGUCGUUCACAUGUCCUUACUGUGGCAAGAUGGGCUACACAGAGACGUCCCUACAGGAGCACGUCACCUCAGAACACGCAGAGACUUCCACAGAGGUGGGAUGGGUGUGUAGCUUUGAGAAGCCACAGACGUCCCCAAACUCGUUGACCCCCAGCACCACUGUUCUCAGUCCGUAUGUCACCUUUGGCUGCCUGUCUGCACGCACCUUCUGGUGGAGGCUGACAGACGUCUAUCAGGGGAAGAAGCACUCAGACCCUCCAGUUUCCUUGCAUGGUCAGCUGCUGUGGAGAGAGUUCUACUACACAGCUAGUGUGGGAAUCCCUAACUUUAACAAGAUGGAGGGCAACUCUGUAUGUACCCAGGUGGAUUGGGACACGAACCCCGAAUAUCUGGCUGCAUGGACAGAGGCUCGCACUGGUUUCCCAUUCAUUGAUGCCAUCAUGACUCAGCUGAGGCAGGAGGGCUGGAUCCACCAUCUGGCCAGACAUGCUGUUGCUUGUUUUCUCACCAGGGGAGAUCUGUGGAUCAGCUGGGAAGAAGGGCAGAAGGUGUUUGAGGAGCUUUUAUUGGAUGGCGACUGGGCUCUGAAUGCUGGGAAUUGGAUGUGGCUCUCAGCAAGUGCCUUCUUCCACCAGUUUUUCAGGGUCUACUCCCCUGUCGCAUUUGGCAAGAAGACAGACAAAAAUGGAGACUACAUCAAAAAGUACCUUCCUCUUCUGAAGAAGUUCCCAGCUGCAUAUAUCUAUGAGCCUUGGAAAGCUCCACGCAGUGUCCAGCAGGCAGCAGGAUGCAUUGUGGGUAAAGACUACCCACAUCCUAUUGUGCAGCAUGAAGUGAUCAGCAAAAAGAAUAUCCAGAGGAUGAAGUUAGCUUAUGCCAAGAGAUCCACAGACCCUGCAGAAUCACCCAGCAAAAAGCAAGGGGUAAAGCGCAAGGCGCCAUCUGUCGUCGACAUGCUGACGAAGAAAGAGAGAAAAAAGUGAAGUUUGCACAACUGGCAGCACGUAAUUGAGUUUUUGUGUAAUCUAUGACUGUUUAUUACAACACAAAUUAAGUGAAUACACAGGUUUUGGUGUCCUUC